AUGAGCACACAGACCAACGGGACGACAAUGACAAAUGGACCCCAGCACGCAAAUGGGAGUGACAAGGAAAGAGUCGUGAUCAUUGGCUCUGGAAACUGGCAAGUCUUGUCUACUCUGGGUUCUGCUAUUGCGAGCGUUGCAGCCAAGAAUGUUCUUCUACACCACGAGCUGUUUCACCCAGAGGUAAAAAUGUGGGUGUUUGAAGAGGACUACGAAGGAAAGCCGCUUACCCGGGUCAUCAACGAAACGCACAUGAAUCCGCGUUACUUGCCGGAUAUCCCUCUUGGUGACAACGUCACCGCGGAACCGGAUCUGGGCAAAGCUCUACAAGGUGCAACCGCACUGGUCUUUGUGAUGCCUCACCAGUUCUUCCGCAAGGCGCUCGAUGGGAUCAAGGGAAAGGUUUCCCAAAAUGCUCGAGCAGUCUCGCUUAUCAAGGGGGUGGACGUGCAUGGAACCAAAAUUCAAGCCUAUGCUACCAUUGUCAACGAAGAAUUGGGUAUCUCCUGCUCGUCGCUCAGCGGAGCAAACAUAGCCACCGAAGUUGCUGAAGGAAAGUUCAGCGAGUCAACUCUGGGAGUCCCAUCACCUGAUGGAUUCGAGGGUGACCCGGAUACUCUCCCGGACGCCAGAUUAUGGAAACCUCUCUUUGACACCAAGACUUUCAGCAUCAGCGUCGUCGCCGAUGUCGAAGGCGUCGGUCUUUGCGGUGCGCUCAAAAAUAUCGUAGCGGUCGCAGCUGGGUUCAUUGACGGUUUGGGUUGGGGAUCCAACUCAAAAGCUGCUAUUAUGCGCAUUGGCAUGAAUGAGAUCAAGGAUUUCAGUUUGGAAUACUUUCCGACGACCCGGGCGGAAACGUUCCUGGAGCAGAGCUGCGGGAUAGCCGAUAUCAUUACAUCUUGCUUGGGUGGCCGCAAUCGUAAGGUGGCAGAGGCUAUGGUCAAGGAAGGCAAGCCUUUCCAGGAACUUGAGGAGUCCAUGCUCAAGGGACAAAAGCUCCAAGGGCCGGAAACUGCGCUGCAUGUUCAUGAAUUCCUCGCUGCCCGAGGCACAAAGAGGCCCGGAGGGUACCCACUAUUUGACGCAGUAUGGAGAAUAUGCUACGAGGGUGCCAAACCAGAGAGCAUCAUCGACAAGCUGUAA